AUGGCUUCAGAUAUUUCAAGGUUAAGUCAAGGGACUGUAGUAAAUGAGGAGGUGGAUACACUUUUCGAGAAUGAACUUUCGUCGUCCACCACCGACCCUCCUAUGGAGGAGUGGUCAUCUUUACUAUUUGGACGUGGAGAUUCGUUCACGGAGUCUCCUAAGAUAGCCCUCUUCAAGAAGGGUAAGUACGACCCUGGCAGUGGUGAGGUGUGCGUCAAGUACAUCACAGCGUCAGACAGUGAGGUCCUGCGACACCCGUACUACAACUACCCUGCCGUUACUGAUCCCGGGAUAGUUUUGGCUUUGGAGGAACCAAUGCCGGCAACGGUUUACGAUGCGCAAGGGCAGAUACGCUACUUGGAGCUAUGCAAGGAAACUGCCAUGCCUCCAGUGAGGGACUUCUAUCGAGGCCUUAUUGAGAACGUCAUCAAUUUACGAUACUACGGAGUGAAUCCAGCAGGAGUUCGUAAUAUGUGCCUGGCCCUGGCCAAGAAUCGCGUGGUGCAGCGGCUGGAUCUGACCUCGAGCUUCCUCAACCGCAACCUGGACGCCUGCUUCCACCUUGGAGAACUGCUCGGCGAGAACCGAUCCUUGAAGGAGCUUAUUCUUGCGCAGUGCAGAAUCGGCCCAGAGGGCCUGGAGCGUUUGAUACCUUCACUCCACCAUGCGAACUUGGAUGUACUGGACCUUAGCAAGAACCAGCUUUGUGAUGACGGAGUCAAGAUGCUCGCUGAGAAGAUUACGAGGGGUGCCAACAUUAAUAAGUUGAACUUGAGUUACAAUAACUUGGGAUUGGCGUCUGCUGAGGCGCUCGCGCGCGCACUGGAGUUCAACGUUAGAAGUAUCACACAUUUGGACCUGUCUUGGAACUUGAUGUAUCACCCCAAAGCAUUAAAGGUUCUGGUGAAGGCACUUAGCGGGAGCAAAGUCCUUCAAGAGCUGGACUUGUCCUGGAAUGCAAUGAUGGGUGGAGACUUCCUCGGCGACUUGCUUACCACCGGGACCUUGCAGAAACUAAAUAUGAGCAACAAUAAACUGGCAUUGCAAUCAAUAGAAUCGAUUACGGAGAAGUUACGAUCGGCGAAGGCAUUACAGGUUCUGAAUCUGUCCUGCAACCCUAUAGGCCCCCAGGAAGCCUACAAACUCCUCAAGAAGAUGCGGCUCAAGUCCGUGAAGCUGCAGACUUUGAUGCUGGAUGAGGUGGAAGUCACUAAGGAAUUCGCUGAAGAAGUGAAACAAAUACUAUCAUUGAAACAUCGAGCGAAUGCGAAAGUGACUCACGGUCGUGUGGUGGGCAACUAUACUCUGAAGGACGUCGAUAUGAGGGACCUGUUGAUGAGGAGGCUCUACUUCCUCGGCACCAGGGGGCCUAAGAAGAAGAGGGUUGAUGUCAUGUCAUACUUUCUGAACAUACGGAAGACCUCAACAGUGCUGAUACCGAAACAGAUGAUGGUGGAUAUGAAGAGUGCGAAGGCUCAGGUGGAUGAGGAUCUGAUCAUGGAGUUGUCAAGAGUGUUUCCGGGACCACGGAUAGAUAAGAGCCAACGUGCUAUUGAUUUGGAAAGUGUAGUGGAAUAUAUAGCAAGGAAAUGGCCAGGUUUGAAGGCACCGGUCACCCCGCCAUCGUAUCAGAUCGACACUCCGCGAUCAGCAAAACCGGCCGGACCGGAUGGCAAAGGAAUUAAGAAGAAAUGAUAUAUUUUAUAGAAAAUUGAAAUCUACUUAGCCAUACGACGGACUGCGUUGUACGUUCUACUCGUGUUUUUCAACUUAACGUCUUUCGAACUUUCCACUACUAAACGACUGCAGGCGACCACGUCAAGUUAAAGCACAGCCUGCAUACUACAUACAAAGAUCUCGUUUUUACCUGUUACUUGCAAAAGAGAGGCUAUCCGCUCGCACGCGUUUCCUUACUCCAGUUAUUUCUAAAGAGUAUAGUGGCCAUCAAACAGAGUAAAGUGGCUAUCAAGCUCGCUCGAAGCCCGUAUCGGUGCGGGGCAGAGAGUUUGUGAUUCGUGGUGCGUGGUAGUG